UUGUUGUCAGCGUCAAUUGCACUGCUGGCAUUAAAACAUUCAGGAAUAUGUCACUUUUCUUAUGUAAAGCGUAAACGUUUCAAAAAACAACUCUGGAGGAAGCCGUCGCAUUGUUGGAACUAUAUUUAGUUGUGAUGAUCAUUUCAUUUUCGUGGGCAAUUUAUUUCAUAUUCGUGUCGAAGCCGUUGUUUGGGAAGAAUUAGCUAACCUAACGUUAGCAACAAUGGGGCGAUGACACACACCGCAGAAGAAGAGUCGGACUUAACGCGAAGAGCCGCCUGCUAGAGGCGACGUGAAGGGACCAGAUGGAUUUCUCUAAGUUUCUGGACGAUGAUUUCGAUGUGAAGGACUGGGUGAACGGCGCCUUCAAAGUGGUGCAGAAGGACGCGCCGGGGAAAGCGGACACUCACGCAGCUACACUAGUCAUGAAGCUGCAGCUGUUCAUCCAGGAAGUCAACAAUGCCAUUGAAGAGAGCAGUAACCAGGCUCUGCAGAAUAUGCCCAGAGUGCUGCGAGAUGUGGAGGCUGUGAAACAGGAGGCUUCUUUCCUGAAGGAGCAAAUGGUCCUGGUCAAAGAGGAUAUUAAGAAGUUUGAGCAGGAAACUGUACAGUCAAUGCAGGUCCUCGUGGAGAUCGAUCAAGUGAAGAGCCGCAUGCAGCUGGCAGCUGAAGCCUUGCAGGAAGCAGAUAAAUGGAGCACACUGAGUGCAGAUAUCGAGGAGACCUUUAAAACACAGAAUCUUGCUCUGAUCUCAUCCAAACUGACCAGCAUGCAGAACAGCCUGGCCAUGCUGGUGGACACACCCGACUACUCUGAAAAGUGUGUCCACCUGGAGGCUCUGAAAAACAGACUUGAGGCCAUGGCCAGCCCACAAAUAGUAGCAACCUUUAACUCCAUGUCUAUAGAACAAGCUAAGCUGUUUGUGAAGGUUUUCACAGAGAUAGAUAGAAUGCCCCAGCUUCUUGCCUACUUCUAUAAAUGUCACAAGGGCCAGUUGGUGAGCAUGUGGCAGGAUCUCUCUCAGAGUGAGCUCACACUAAAUCAGCAGCUGUCUGAAUUCUACGACACCUUGCUCUCCACUUGGCACUCUCAGCUCCAAUGGAGCAGCCAGGUGUUCAGGAACCCCUAUGAGGUGGUGACAGUGUUGCUGAUCCAGACUCUAGGAGCCAUGGUUCCUUCCAUCCCUGUGUGCUUGUCUACAGCCAUGGAGCGGACCACCCAAGAGCAGCGUCUAGACACCCUGCUGGAGCUCCAUCGCACUGUGUCUACUUUUGGACGCAGCCUGGAGGCUGCCAUGCUGCCUCACCUAGGUGAGAAUAACCUACUGAAGGUGAAUGAGCUGGUCUGCGCCCUGUAUGACCCCUAUAAAUCCUAUCAGCUGCAGUAUGGAGAUUUGGAGGAGGUUCACCUGCUCAUCCAGAUCAGUGCUGUACCUUUGGAACACGGGGAAGUAAUGGACUGUGUGGAAGAGUUGAGCCACUCUGUUGGCAAGAUGUUUGGCCUGGCUAGUGCUGCUGUGGAACGCUGUGUCAGACUGACUGACGGACUGGCUGUGUGUGGCCUUCUCAAAGCUCUCAAAGCUCUCUUUACCAAGUAUGUGUCGGACUUCUCCAUCACACUACAGUCAAUCAGGAAGAAGUGUAAACUGGAGGACUCGUCAAGUUCAUCUGUUUUCCAGGAGGACUGGACUGCCUUCCAGAACUCAGUUCGGAUUAUUGCUACAUGCGGGGAGCUACUUAGACAGUGUGGAGCCUUUGAGCAGCAGCUGUCAAACAAGAUCCUGGGCACUGCAGGUAAAUACUUGUCGGACUCAUACAGCCCACGCAGCCUGGCAGGCAUCCAGGAGGCCGCAUCCACAGAGAGGAAGAGUUCCACCAAGAACCCCUGGCAGGAAUACAACUACCUUCAGAGAGGAAAUGUGGCUGAAUACAACAGCAUGUUGGAAGUGCUAUAUUCAAUAAAGGAGAAGGGCACAGGCCACUCCAGCCUGUUAGCUGAGCCCAGAACAGCUCUGACCAGACUCAACCAGCAGGCCAACCAGCUGGCCUUCGACUCCGUCUUUCUGCAGAUCAAACACCAGCUCUGCCUCGUCUCCAAAAUGGAGAGUAAAGAGGCAACUGGUUUUGAAGACAGCUACACAGAGGACCUGCCCACUUUCAGCUUGUCGCCACAAGAGUACAUUACAAAUAUAGGGCAGUUCCUGAUGUCUCUGCCACUCCACCUGGAGCCAUUUGUGACACAGGAGGACCCAGCACUUGAAAUGGCCCUGCAUGCUGGAAAGCUGCCUUUUCCUCCUGAACAAGGUGACGACCUUCCCGAGCUGGACAACACAGCAGAUUACUGGCUGGGCUCUAUUGCCCGGGCAACCAUGCAGACCUACUGUGAUGCCAUCCUGCUUAUCCCUCAUCUGAGCGCCCAUUCGACUAAACAGCUGGCCACAGACAUUGACUAUCUGAGCAACGUGAUGGACGCCCUGGGCCUGCAGCCCUCCCGCACCCUGCAGCACAUAGUCACCCUGCUGAGGACCAAACCAGAGGACUACAGACAGACUGCCAAAGUGCUCCCCCGUAGAGUGGCCUCCACCAUCGCUGCCAUCCGCAGCAUCGAAUACUAGUUGUUGACAAUAUGAAAAAGAUUAUCUUUGUAAUGUUUUGGGAAUGUUAAGAGAUUAAAUCAGGGUAGUUCUGACUUUUCAUACAGUUAUUAAUGUUGAAAUAAGUGUGACUUUUUAUGGGGCGUCACCGGUGUAAUGCCUUCUGGUCGAGCCAGGAUGUAAACGUGGCCUGACUAAAUAUUUAGCAUUUCUAAGCCACUAAAAGGUUUAAGGGGGGUCCAAAGUCUAUGAGGAUGCGUGAGAGCCUUUAAAAAUCUACAUGACUCAUAUAUUUGUUGUUGAUUAUUUCUCAUACCAAUAAUGUUUGUCUGUAUUAAUAAAUUAUAUUGCCAUAAUACCUUUA